AUGCUUCCCCUUGAACUCGAGUUCCUCAUCAUCGAAAGCGUCACCGACAACACCACACUCUCUGCUUGCUCGCGUGUAUGCCAAGCUUGGCGCUCUCUCAGUCAGGCAUGUCUCUUCCACAGCCUUUCCAUCGUCCUUUCCAGUAAGACCCCCUCGGAAAACUUGAUCCACGACUUCAUCUCCACACUGAAAGGCAGCCUGGACGUUGGGAGCGAUGUCGGCCAUUAUGUACGCCAUCUUGUCCUCGACGGUGACGACGACCCUUCGGAACCCGGCCGAUCCCCCGACCCUCUUCUCGGAGAACAGAUAGGCCCUCUGGGUCGACUUCAAGGCUCGCUCGACGGCCCUGCGGACGGCUACUUCCCCAACCCCCACUUCGCUGACGGCAACCCCACAAUCGACUCCUCGCAAUCCGUCUCCAACAGCAACAGCGGGCGCGAUUCUCCAUCCGACAUUGACCGGGAGCACAUACGUUUUCCAGUCCGGAUCCUCCACCAUCUUCUCCCGCUACUUCCGCAGCUUUCAGGUCUUUCCUUGGAGCGGCUCCAAUUUUACGACGAACUGACUCUGGACGACUCCACUGUAUACUGCUCAACGCCACCGUUCGCCCCUCGAAGGAUCACGAACUUACUCCUCGAUGUCUGUUCAUCGUAUUCGAACGACAUCAAUCAUCUGUUCGACGUCCUCUCCAUGUUCUCAACCAUCGACCAGCUCUACCUGGACUGUGGGUCGUGGAACUGGGCCCCCUCCGCCACUGCCUGCUCCAUUCCCCCCUCGCCCAUCAUCCGCCGUCUCAUCCUCGAAUCCUUCGACGCCCCCGACGUCCUCGCCGUCCUCUGCGAAUCCAUCCGCCUCUCCGGCUCCCUCUCCGGCGCGCUCACCUCCGUCCACUACUCGGGCUGCACCCGCGCCGAGCUCGACACCUUCCUCCCCUUCGCCGCCGCCGCCGGCCCGCACCUCACCGCGCUCGGCCUCGACGUCUUCUACGCGCUCGUGAACGACCUCGAGCCCGCGCCGCACGCGGCGCUCGGCGUGGACCUCGGCCCCUGCCCGCGCCUCGAGACCCUCACGCUCUCCUUCGACUUCGCGCCCGUCGCGGACGCCGCCGUGGCGCCGUGGGACCUCCUGCGCGUCGUCCGCGCCGCGCUCGCGCUCUACGCGCGCGUGCUCGCGCCGCAGGCGCAGGCGUUCCUCGUGCUGCGCGAGAUCGCGUUCCAGGUGUUCUGCGCGACCGCGGCCCCCGCGGCGUUCGCGUGCGCCGCGAGCGUGUCGGCCCUGGGGGAGCCCCGCCCGCGUGACGGCGAACCGGACGCGGUCGCGGGCGUGCGAUGCGCGCUGUGGGGCGCAGUCGACGCGGCGCUCUGCGGGCUGCCCGCGCUCGAGACGGUGCGGUUCCUGAUGUGCGACGUGGAGAGGGGCAGCGAGGCGGAGACGGUGGAGGCGAUGCGGCACUUCGUCGGGGAGCAGCUGCCGAGGACGUGCAAGAGGGGGAUCGUCGAGGUCGUGCUGGAGGAGGCGCAGGCUGCGUUGGAUGAGAGGGCACUGGCCAAGAGGUCGCUAUCUGCGUUCGACGAUACGCAACACAACUUGGCGCAAGCAAGUGGUACGGACGAGCGAUUCCACGACGCCCCGUCCCCACGUCCGCGGAAAGCACAAGCGGAGCGUCUCGGUCAUCGGCGCCUCAAUCCCCUCCCUCCUCCGUUUGCGAACGUGGCCGAAAUCGAAGACGACGCGCUGCAGUCCCCCGCGGGACGCGGCCGCCAACACGGCGUCGAGCCUCGCGCAGGGAGAGACGGGACGCUGCGCAUCGCUGCGACCUGCCGCGGCGAGCGCCGGAACGAAGCAGUCGAGGGAUAUGGGUCCGAGCAACUCCAUGCUGAAGCAAACGGUGUGGAGGGUGACUGGGGGCGCGACUCCAAUGAUGUGUGCCCCGGCCGCGAUGAGGUCCUUCAGGUAUGUGUAGCCGUCGUCGUCCUCGUCGUCGUCCUCGUCGUCGUACCGGAGCCUGAGCCGGUACGAGAAGGACUCGACGGCGGGGAAGCCGGACAAGGAGAUGCGCUUUAG